UUCAGCCGCAGUCGCGAGCCGCCCGCCGAGAGGCACACACGCGUCCAGUGGACGAGUUGCGGCGAUGGCGCGAUGAAUUGCGCUCGCGCGGCGUACUGGGCCCUCCUCUGCCUCGCCGCUAGCGCCCUAGCCGCGCCAAGACGCCUCUACUGCGAGCGCGCCGACGUCGCCUGGCGGGCCUACCGUGCGCCCGCGGCCUUUGAGGCUCGCAUCCAGUCCUUGUCCAAAGACGCAGCGACCAUCCAGAUCAAGCGCGUGCUCAGGCAGCAAGGACACUGGCCACGGGAGGAUUCUAUCUUACGACUGAAACUCCCACCUCAGGACCCUCGCGAGUGCACGGGGCGGUUCGAAGUCCCUUUGAAAAAUAGAAGAAACUACAUAGUCUUUGCCGAAAGACACGGACACCAGGCUGUGGCGCUAGGCCCGCCGCUGAAGAGGACUGGGAAACUGCUGCGGAGGAUCAGAGCAGUCUACAAGCCGGGAUACAGUAGUCCAGCAAGAGUGGAACCAAUGCAAUCGGUGCGCACGACACGCGGGAGCCGUGUGCGGCUCGAGUGCCGGGCGAGCGCGCGCCCGCCGCCUCGCAUCACAUGGUAUAAAGACGGCCGGCCCGUCGCCGAUAUCGCGCUCAGGAGAUUCCGGGUGCAGAACUUUAGGAGGCGCUCAGUGCUAGUAAUAAGGCACGCUCGGCGCGAGGACACGGCCACUUACGAGUGCAGAGCCCAGGGUGCCGUGGGGCCGCCGGCCGUGGCCGCGGCCAACGUCAGCGUCAUGCUGCCAGUCACAGCGACGCCAGACACGACGACAUUGGGAGCCCCAUGUCCAAUGCCUGACCCGUCUUCGUACUGCCUCAAUGGAGGCACUUGCCUAUACUUUCAGCUUGUACAAGAACAAGCUUGCAAAUGCCCUGAAGGUUUCAACGGCCAGCGCUGCGAAAACAAGGAUAUAACAAAUAGCAGUAGUAUGUAUCAUUCCUAUACGUGCAAACUGGGCCUCUCCACGUCCUACUACUGUUAGCUGUUACUACACAACUCCGCAAUGACUAUGACCUACGGAAUUUAGCUAGUAGGAAAGCUAAAAUCCGUGAGUUAAAGUAUCCAUAAGUAUAAAAUUUUCCGCUACAUGGUCUUACAUGCGAUUGUGUUUCUGCUGAAGGUUUGAAAAGCUUGAGGUCGGUUGAGAAGAAAAUGUUGCGCGUGAGAACAGAACUACAAGAUUUAGCAACAUGUUGUGGCAUGAGCGGACCUUUUGUACUUAUUUAUUUUGUGGCAUAACCCACCUCGUUCCAAUUUUUAUUAUAUUUGUUCGCGAUGUUACAUUCGCCGCAUUCGAAUGUUGGACUGUAAAUUAGUUAUCUUGACUAUCUUAAGUUUUUUUUAUAGAAUAGGCGCUGAUAUUUUGUCACUCAAUUUCUACCACUUUUUGUAGAUACAUUUCUAAAUUUCGAAAUAAAAAACAGAUGAUUAUAAGAGUCUGUGUGCGAUUUAUUACGAUGACUGAAGUGAUUAAUAUGUGAAUUUCGAAGUACCUAGCUAAAUAAAAACGAAUAGCUAAAAAUAUAAAAUAAUACAUACAUUUUAUGGUGUAAGUAUAAGGGGCCAGCUGUUUGCAAGGCUAUUUAUAUCGUAAACAUCUAUUUUUAGCGUCUACCUGCUGAAAUUACUCGGCAAACUCUUGUUUCUCACAUUAUUGAGGAGAAAACAUGAUGUUCCAAUAAUAGGGCAAUGAUUGCCCAAUUUUUGCAUUUAGCUGUGUUUUUUGUCGUUUACAUGUAGCUAUAUUUUUUAAAUAUAAUAUGUACCUACAUGGCUGGCCCAGUGAGAUUGUAAACUUAAGAUUUUACAAACGCAUUACUCAGAUAUAUAAUGUUUUGAUUGAGCUAUGCAAAUUUAUUUGAAAUCAAUAUAGGUUUUCAGUUUUAUUUGUUUUCUAUACAUACAAGGAACCGAUAAUCGUGGAGAAAAAUCUUUAUUCAUUGAAGUUGUAAAUAUUUUACAUGUAUUAUUAUUCCUAUUUGUAUUUUUUGGAAUUUAUUAUUUACGAUUAAGGUUUGGUAGUCCGUAACUGUCAGAGACUUUCAAAUUAUGUACAUACAUAUCUAAUAGGUUAAGGGUUUUUUACUUAAUUAAUAAAACUCAUGAACAGUUAGUAAUACUAACUUAUUUGCUAUGCGAAUAUUUAAUCCUUUUAAAUUUUCCCGAUGGCGUAAAUAAUAUUGGUUCAUAAAAAAUACAUAAAUUUAAAUAUACAUAUAAAACAGUUGUUAAUAUGCGUUUACAAAUGAAUUUUUAAUAUUACAGUCGGACCUAACAAUUAUCAUUUCCCGUUCAACCUUAAUCUUUUUCCUACAUAACAUAAAUAGGGGCCAAAAAACUUUGGAGACCCCUGCUUUAAAGGGUAUGUUAAAAGGGUAGUUUGGCAUACAUAUAACUAUGUCAGUUAUGUUCGUGUUUCGAUGUGUGUCGGUUUCGAACUUCAAAAGGAAAAAUGAACCAUGUUGUCAAGUCGCAUAGCAAAUAAGCCACAUUAAGCUAAAAUAAUAAUGUCUGAAACUAUUCCUGUAACAAUUUAUUGGUCCUAUAUAAUCCACCUAGUCAAAGCGCAGUUUUAAUACUAGCUAGGUAGAUAUAACUUAAUUUUAUUAUAAUGUAUGAUUUUAUGAGUGUGGCUAAUAUGACGAUUGGUAUGGUUGAGGUUAUAGCGAUUUUUUUUUACUCAACGAUUUAUUUCAAAGCUAUAAUAUGGGACCGAACUUACAUAGUUUUGUUAUUGUUUGAUAUUUCAUUUUGUAUAAAGUACUUCUAUUAAAUUUUAAGUUCAUUAUUUAUAUGUAAUUAAUUAAAGUAGAAAAGGUACUAUUUAUUUUUAUGCGAUUGAGGAUUUUUGGGCAUUAGCGCGAGGGUAAAGUGAAGACACGUAGAAAGUAAUAGCACGGUGUUUGGUAGUGUAGGUAUUAAUCGUGACUUCACAUCCCCUGUAACCCAAGUAUUGUCUCACAACAAAUAUUAAGACGCGUUAUACCGUUAAGUUUAUGUAAUGAACAAACCAAAAUCACAAUAAAAGAAUGAGUGUUGGAAUUAACAGAGAAUC